AUGGCAAACAUUCAGAAUUUGUUGCUUACGGCUUUUGUAACAGGUAAGAUCGAUCUCAAACGUUACCUUUUAGUAAUCAAUUUGAUUCACACUAAUAUUGACAAAGAACAAGUCUUUUUUUAAUCGAGAACACCAAAAUAAUCACUGUCGUAAACAUCAAUGGUAGCUCUGUUCAGUUAAAAGAUAUUGUUUUUUAUAGAGCGCUUUUCAAAUGAGUGUCGAAAACCAAAACCAAUGUAAAGUAAUCACAACGGCCAAUCAGAGCAAAGGAAAUUAUCAGAGGGAGCCAAUGACAACUCGAAGUAAACGCGAGUAACCGGCCUGUAGCGCGGGAAAACACGAGUGACCAAGGAGCGAUUGGUUUUAGUUUACAUCUGAUUGGCUGAGAGGGUGGCGCGAGUUUUCUAGACCAAUCAAACAGCACAGUAAAGCAAAACCAAUUCAAUCCUGCAUUACUUUCAACACUCAAUUGAAAAUUGCUCUAUAACAUCCAAUGAAAUUAGUGACACCGUUGAUUCAGGUUUACUGAAGGAACGUUUCCCUUAGAAACAGCACGAGAUGUCGUGGACAACGAAAACCGUGGUAUUUGAGCUGCGACCUUAUUUAAAGCCUAUAAAAAUAAAUAUCUUAAAAGUAAAAUAUCGUAAAAUUCCGAAAAUAAGCCCCGGGGCUUAUAUUUUUCAAAGGUUCUUUUUGAGGGGCUUAAUUUUGGAGGGGCUUUUAUUCAGAGGGGCUUAUCUACAGAGAGAAAUUUGCGUUUCAAAAUCGAUUGGGCUAGCCUUAUAGUUGGAAGGAAAUUCACCCUUUUUGCUUUGUUUUACUUCAUGGUAUAUGAGGACAAUUUCAAAGUACAAGCCCCCGAGGGGCUUACAUUUGGAGGGGCGUUUUUAUGGAGGGUUUUUUGCGUUACGAGUUUGAAGGGCUUUUUGGAGGAGCUUAUUUUCGGAAUUUUAGGGUAUUCCUCGAACGGGAGCCCUAUACCCGAGGAAAUGGUAAUAUGGCUUUACUAAUUCCUUUAGUUUGCUGUUAAAAGGCUUUGUCUUAUUGGAAAUUCGUUUGGCUAUGUUUUGGUUAUAACGAUCCGAGCCUUUGCAAAGCCCCGGGCAAAUCAGUAUGAUUGUGCGCAAACAAAGUAACUUUGCAUCUUCUGUAGUCGCCUGGAAUUUGUUGGGGCGCAACAUUAAUGAAACAAGUACACGUUGUUGCCUUGUGUGUCAACCAUACAGAGUGAUAGAGAAACAAGCGCAAAAUGACGUGACGCAACCUUAAAUCUUCAGCCAUUCAAAUUUCACAUUUGAGAUGUUGCGGUGGCUGAAAACACCCCCCGUAGAGUGCUUAACUAAGACCAAAUGUUGGGCGUUAUGUAAAUUUGCAUGAAAACUGGUAGCACGUUAGUGUGUCGAGGGACACUGAGAUAUUGCGCGCAAUACUGCAAGUACUGUUUGCACAGGGAAACCAGGCCUUCAUAGCAGGCCGGAUCGUGAGCGUGAGCAAAGUUUAGAGUGAAGAGCGUGCAAAGCCGUGCGAAGAAAGACGCUUUCAAAUAAUAAUGGAAUUUUUAUUCUUCGUUAUAAUUCGUUUCAGUCAUCCUCAAGAAAACUGUAGCACUGUCGUGCUAUAACUGCAAUGCCAGCUGGUCAGCGGAAAAGUGUUUGAGAAAGUCAUUGAUUGAGACUUGUCCUUAUCGACACGCCGUUUGCAUGGCCAUUGAUACCUCCAUAACAAGUUUAACAGGAACAAAAUCUACCCUGUAUUUCAGGUAUAGCCUCGUUCCAUCUAUGACUAUAAAAUGGGCUCUUACCUGGCUAUUAGCAGAAACAAGGCAAGAAAUAUCUUGACUCUGUUUUUUCAUAGACAACCUAUGUAUGAUGAAGGUUUAGCAUUAAUGCGCAUGCUACAAUAAGAACUUCUUAUGUAUCAGUGCUAAUUUGAGGUAAACUGUAUUUCAAAGUAGAUGUUUUCAUUUUCUAUGUAGUCCCUAACUAACUAUAAAAGGGUUUUCUGGCCAUUCAACCGGGUAAAGUUGGAGAAAAGAAGGGAGCUCCGGGAACAAAAGGUCAUUUUCGUGACGGAGUUCGCUUACAAGCCGGCCGCCCUGAACGACCCAAGCUUAUCACAUCAGCUUGGUCCGGUGAAUCGCGCCGAACUUAUUUUACGGGCCAGCCUGGUUCCCAGUCGUCCUCGGCGAUUUCGAAUGUGACGUUAUCUCUCAAGCUUGUCGGGAGAAUUAGCCUGUUUCAAGUCAGUUCCAAGCCUCCUCCACUCACUCGGAUAGCGCGAACUGGCCUGGGGACGAGGUUGUUCACGAGCCUUUCGUGAAUGGUCGUUCAAAACGGUCUAGCCAUUGUUAGUAUCGGCUCCUGUGGUAAUCAAACCAUGGCUCUAAGUCAGGGCCUCCCCCUGUUCUAGGGUCUAAACUCUAGGGUUUCAGGACUUGAUACCAGGGACCUGAGUUCCGCGAUGGCAAAUCGUAGUGUUUGGGAAGAAAUCUCCGUGAAUGCCCCGCCCCUGUUCACUCCGGUGGUCGAAGGAUGAAGAUGAUGAGAUUAAGCUAGGACAAAUAAGUGCACUUGAAGUAGUCUUAAAAGAAAUUUGAAGUCGAAUUUACAAUUAUUUAUGUAUUAGUUAAGCCGAAGACAAUUAUAAUAUUAUGCGUAAAAUUUUUCGGGAAACGUGGUGGGUGGGCGUGGUACGGUUACGGUGUAUCCCGGCGAGGGAUGAGCAAAACAAAAUGUCCAGGAUUGUGGGUUAUAAAUUUCCUUAUUUUCAGGAAAAGAACACUUUUAAUAACAGUUCAAAAAAGACUGUUCAUGAAAAGAAAAUGUGCCCUGCUGAAUGGGUAGAUAAAAUAACUUAACGGCAGUUGAUACACAUGCACUAAAACACGGCAAGCACUUAACGCAUGCGCACAGUCAUAUCAUCAGGCCAGUUGAAUUUGUGAUAUUUAUUGUUGUAGGUUUCCCUUUUACACGAAAGAUAGCGCCAAUAACAAACUAAUAUCUCAUUCUAUAUUAUUAGGAAAUGCGCACAAGAGUAUGAGUGUAAUUCUACGCAGCCUUGUAAAGAAAUAAAACUUCGCCUUUGGAGAGAAAAUCAAGAAGUAUUCGUGGAUCCCACAUGUCGCCCUCAGUGUUGCUCAAGUGAUUUAUGCAACAAUCCAAUACCCGAGCCGAAACCACCCACCACCCUUCCUUGCAUCAAGAUUACUCCACAGCCCCGCAAGCCUUUAGAGAAAUGCUUUAAAAUCGAGCCAGGAUUCAUUUCAAAGCUGCCAGAGAGGAUGCAACAAGAGAAAAACUGUUCAAAAAACGGUGUGUUUGAUUCUUGCUUCUCUCUCAAAGCCCAGGUCUUCAACGACACCACGAGAAAACUAGUGGAGACAACAGAGUGGAAAGACUGUGCGACCGACAGGCGUGACUGUCACGCAAUUAAAAACAGGUGCGCAAUGAUGCAGGAGUUAGCGAAGGCUCAGGGUACUUAUGUGGAGAAUUGCUUUGUUAAUUGCUGUGGUGAGGAUCUCUGUAAUUCAUUUAGUGCAACCCCGCCUCCAACAGCAGAUCAGCUUGGAGUAAAGGCUAAUCAAGCAGAGCGUGCUUCCGAAAGUCUAGUCUUGAUGACUGCACUUUUUGGAAUCUUCAUGCUGAGAAUGAUCGAACACGCAUUUCACACUUACUUUCUGGGUGUGGAAUUUUAA